GUAGUACAUCAUCAGUAGCAGCAGCAGGCAGAAAGUAACAAUAGUAGAGUACUAUUUAGUUAGCAGUAGUAUUAGUAGUAGUAAUAUUUAGUAGUUUCAUAUUAUAGUAUUAGUAAGUAAUAGAGUAAAAACGACUAUAUAAUCUCAGUCAUAUCAAGAGCUUUGCGAGUGAUGCACGGAUUGCAAUUUAUUAAACGGAUAAAUAAAAUUUAUAAAAGAUUUUUUUUUCUUAAACCUAUAAUAAACAAAAUCAAACUAAAUUUUAUAUAAAAAAAUAAAACGCAAAAUAUUAAAAAUAAUUUAAAAAGAAAGUGGAAAAUUAUUAAAUAUAUAUUAAAGCAAAAAGUGCAAAAAUAUUUUAGGAAAUUUUUAAGAAUAACCAGAAGAUUUUUUUACUAAUUUUGUGGUAUAAAAGUGUGUGAAUUUAAAAAAAAAAAUAUACUCGUUUAGAGUAUUUACACUCAUAAAAAAACCAGUUUCUUGGAGUUGUGUUUGUCAAAUUUUGGAUUUUGCAGGCCUGGUUUAAAGUAUUGAAAUCAACUGUGAAGAGUGAAACAUAAAAAAAAAGAAUCUUAAGUUAAUUAAUUUAAAUAAUUAAACAAGUUGAGCAAGAGGCAAAAGGAAAUAUUUUUAUAAAUAACAAUUAAAAGCAAUUAACACGCAUAUUCGCACGUUUUCACAGUUACGGAUUUAGUUUGGGAUUUUUAAAAGAUUGAGCAGUUUGAGUAUAUCAAAAGGAAUUUGUUUAUAAAAACAUUAUUAUUAUUAUUAUAUUGUUGUUAUUUUUUAUCACACCCUACAACUUAAACCUCUGAUUACACCCGCCAGCACCAGUACAACCCACAAAUUCAGACUGAUCGGCAGCAACAACAACAACAAUAAGAAAAAAUAAACAAAAUUGUGUGGAAUAUAUACAAUAUAUAUAUACAAAAUCAAGAAGAAUAUAAUUUCUAGUUAAUUGCACAUUAAUAACGCGCACACACUUGAUAUCAAGUGGUAUUGUUUGGAAUUAUAACGACGACUACGAUCACUACACACGUUCUCACUCUGGAGAACAUCAAGCAGAGAGUAAACUACUGACCGGUGUAAGUAGAGAGAGAGCGAGCGAGAAAACCAGCAAUUUCCAAAGAAGUGUGGCAAGUUGCCACUACCAGCAGUUGCAGCACCAUCACUUCUAACCAGCCGGCCUUUGGUCUGGUCUAAGUAUAUUUAAAUUUGUUUAUAAUCACCACAUUCGAUAUGUAUUUUAUGUGAUUAGGAGCAUUUUUCAUCAGUGGAACGUGAGCAGCAUUUAAAGAAAAACUAAAUUUAUUGAAAACAAAAAUAAAUGAUUACUUUUUCCAGCGCGUUCUAUACAAAACACUACACCUUAGAACAACAGUAAAUAGUUGAAAUUAUUUAAAUGUAAACAAACAUCAAUCCUCGAACUCAUCAAGCGCCAAUCUAAAAGAAAAAGAAUCUCUCACUUUACGAUCAUUAUUGCUACUCAACAACGACUAUUCGCACUCUAGAGAUAAAAUCGUUUAAAAAAUUACUUAAGAAAUAAAAUUCCAAAAACUACUGCUCCUCAAAAAAAUACUCGUUCCCCUUUACAUUUCUCGACUGCAUGCAUGUUUAUUUUAUUUGUAAUUCAUGUAAUUAAAAAUUAAACAACCUAAACCAUCAAUUUGCAAUUAAAUCAACAGUGCGUUAUAAAAGUAAACAACCCAAGCAAUCAGCAUACAACAUGUUUUUCUACAGCAAACUAACAGCACAAUUCUGUAUUGCUUUAACUACUUCUACCCGCUUAUUAUGUUUAAUCGUUUUAACAGUUUUCCUUAGCUGUUUGAUCCCUUAUAAUCCGUCCAGUAUUUUGGUUAGUGCCAGUCAAUCGGGUAUUUAUGUUGAUAAUGGUCACGAUCAAACAAUAAUGCAUCGUGCCUUGGAUGAGGAGGAAAAGGUGGCGGCUUCAUAUGAAAUUUUGGAAUUUUUGGGUUUACCCGAACGUCCGCGAAGGAAACAUAGUCAUUUGUCGUUGAGAAAAUCAGCACCACAAUUUCUUCUGGAUGUUUAUCAUCGCCUCAAAGAAGAGGAAAAUAAUGAUGAACCAGCGCCUUUGGUGCGCUCAAAACGUGAUCUACAGGAACAGGAAAACUUUAUAACCGAUCUCGAUAAGAAAGCCAUUGAUCAAAGUGAUAUUAUAAUGACAUUUUUAAAUAAAAACCACCACGUUGAUGAGGUACGACAUGAACAUGGACGUCGUUUGUGGUUUGAUGUUAGUGAUGUACCCGACGAUAAUUACCUUAUGAUGGCUGAAUUGCGCAUUUAUCAAAAUCCCUCUCAGGGCAAAUGGGCUACAACGGGCAAGGAAUUUACCAUUACCGUAUAUUCGAUUGUUAAAACCAGUGGCCAUGAGAGGGAAUUGGAAGUUCUUUCCUCGAUUAAUACCACCGCUGACUAUCAGGGUUGGUUGGAAAUGAAUGUUACCGAGGGCUUAAGUGCUUGGCUGCAGAAUCCUAAAGAUAAUAGAGGCAUCUAUAUAGGAGCUCAUGCAGUUGCGAAACCCGAUAGAGAAGUAAAACUUGAUGAUAUUGGUUUGGUGCAUCCCAAGGGAGAUGAUGAAUAUCAACCCUUUAUGAUUGGCUUUUUCCGGGGUCCCGAGCUUAUUAAAACUGUUAAACGUCAUAGUCGGCAAAAGCGUAAUACACAUCCUCGUCGUCGCAAGAAGACCGAUAUUGUGAAUCCGUUAAUCGAUGGUCCCAGUGAGAGUGUACGCAGCUGUCAAAUGCAAACACUGUAUAUUGAUUUUAAGGAUUUGGGUUGGCGUGAUUGGAUUAUAGCACCCGAAGGUUAUGGCGCCUACUAUUGCAGUGGUGAAUGCAAUUUCCCUCUCAAUGCUCAUAUGAAUGCUACCAAUCAUGCUAUAGUCCAGACACUGGUACAUCUAUUGGAACCGAAAAAAGUACCCAAACCAUGUUGUGCACCAACACGAUUGGGUGCAUUGCCCGUGCUCUAUCAUCUAAACGAAGAGAAUGUUAAUUUAAAGAAAUAUAAAAAUAUGAUUGUUAAAAGUUGUGGUUGCCAUUGAAACGAAAAUUUAUGUAUGAAAUUUAAGAAAAAACAAAAUUGAGAUUAAAUAAAAAUUGUAAUUUUAUAUGUA